CGACAAUAAUUAUCAGAAGUCCAUGAAACUUCGGUAAAGUCGGGCGUAUCUGGUGUUUCAUGUCAAUGCCUGUCAACCACUAGUCCCCGAGGUAUAUUCAACGAAUAAAUUUGUUUUUCUUCUCAAAAAAUGCCAAUGACACCUGCCAUAACGGGAAUGGAAGAACAAGAAAAGUUGUUGGAAGAUGCAAUCGGUGUAGUAAAAGUUCAAGCUUUUCAGAUGAAGCAUUGUCUUGACAAAUCUAAAUUGAUGGAUGCAUUAAAACAUGCCUCUACCAUGUUAGGAGAACUCAGAACUUCUCUUCUGAGCCCAAAGAGCUAUUAUGAACUGUAUAUGGCAAUCACAGAUGAAUUAAGGCAUUUAGAACUUUAUUUGUUGGAUGAAUUUCAAAAAGGAAGAAAAGUUACAGAUCUCUAUGAAUUAGUACAAUAUGUAGGCAAUAUUGUACCCAGACUUUACUUACUUAUCACCGUUGGUCUGGUUUACAUCAAAACAACUCCUGGUUUAAAAAGAGAUCUUCUGAGAGAUCUUGUGGAAAUGUGUAGGGGUGUGCAACAUCCAUUGCGCGGUUUAUUCUUGAGGAAUUAUUUGUUACAGUGUACAAGAAAUAUCUUGCCAGAUGUUACCGAGGGUGAUGAUGAAGAUGGAACUGUUCGUGAUAGCAUAGAUUGUUUAAUGAAUUUUGCAGAAAUGAAUAAAUUAUGGGUACGCAUGCAACAUCAAGGUCACAGUAGAGAUAGAGAAAGAAGAGAAAGGGAAAGAGAAGAACUUCGAAUUUUAGUUGGAACAAAUCUUGUACGACUUAGUCAACUAGAAUCAGUGACAUUGGAUAAAUAUAAGAAGCUUGUACUGCCAGGAAUCUUAGAACAAGUAGUUAGUUGUAGGGAUGCAAUAGCACAAGAAUAUCUUAUGGAGUGUAUAAUUCAAGUCUUUCCUGACGAAUUCCAUUUACAAACGUUAAAUGCAUUUUUGAAAUCGUGUGCAGAAUUGCAAAAUGGAGUAAAUGUUAAAAACAUAAUCAUAUCGCUGAUUGAUCGGCUUGCAGCCUUUAGUCAACGAUCUGAUGGUGUAGGAGGACCAGGAAGUCCUAACCAAGUGCCAGGAAUUCCACAAGAUGUCAAAUUGUUUGACGUAUUUAGUGAUCAAAUAGCAACCAUUAUACAGACAAGACAAGAUAUGCCUCCGGAAGAUAUUGUGUCUCUUCAAGUAGCUCUCAUAAACUUAGCACAUAAAUGCUAUCCUGAUCGUGUAGAUUACGUAGACAAGGUUUUGUUUACGACAGUUCAAAUAUUCCAGAAACAGAACGUGGAUAAGUUGGAGUAUAAUAGCGCUGUUUCAAGAGAAUUAGUUAGAUUAAUGAAAAUUCCUGUAGACAAUUAUAAGAAUAUAUUAACUGUGCUUAAGCUUGAACACUAUGCGCCUCUCUUGGAUUACUUCGAUUAUGAAGGCAGAAAAUCACUGGGCAUAUACAUAAUAACAAAUAUUUUAGAAAACGAGACAUUAAUACCGACGCAAGAACAAGUAGAUUCGGUGCUCUUUAUGGUAUCUUCUUUGGUACAAGAUCAAUCGGAUCAACCCAAUAUAGAAGAAGAUCCUGAAGAUUUUGCCGAGGAACAAGGAUUGCUCGGUAGAUUAAUACAUCAUUUUAAAUCGGAAACACCAGAUCAGCAAUAUAUGAUAUUAAGUGCUGCGAGAAAACAUUUUAGUGCAGGCGGUAACAAACGAAUAAAAUUCACUCUUCCGCCUAUAGUUUUUCAAAGUUAUCAAUUGGCAUUUACGUAUAAAGCAUUAAAGGAUCAGGAUGAAAUGUGGCAAAAGAAGUGUCAAAAAAUUUUUCAAUUCUGUCACACAACUAUUACGGCAUUAAUGAAAGCCGAAUUAGCUGAAUUACCUUUAAGACUCUUUCUGCAAGGUGCGAUAGCAAUUGGCGAAAUCCGUUUUGAUAAUUUUGAAAUGGUUGCUUACGAAUUUAUGAGCCAAGCAUUCUCGAUAUAUGAAGAUGAAAUAAGUGAUUCAAAAGCACAGCUUGCAGCAAUCACCUUAAUAAUCGCCACAUUUGAACAAAUGAGCUGUUUUGGCGAAGAAAAUGCAGAGCCUGUACGCAACCAAUGCGCUUUAUAUGCCAGUAAAUUGUUAAGAAAACCCGAUCAAUGUAGAGGAGUUGCUACUUGUUCACAUAUAUUUUGGUCUGGAAAAUCUUUAACUACGGGCGGAAAAGAAAUGCAAGAAGGCGGUAAAGUAUUAGAUUGUUUGAAGAAAGGUAUUAGAAUAGCAAGCCAGUGCAUGGAUACAUCUGUGCAAGUACAGCUAUAUGUGGAGCUGCUGAACCAUUAUAUCUAUUUCUAUGAGAAAGGAAACACAGCUGUAACUGUACAAAUAUUAAAUCAAGUAAUUGCGAAAAUUAGAGAGGAACUUCCUAAUCUUGAAACAAGUGAAGAAACUGAUCAAAUACAGAAACAUUUAGCAAAUACAUUGGAACAUUUAAGGAACAGAAUGGAAUCGCCGGAUUCCGAUGGACUUUCCUAUCAAGGCCUUGUCCUUUAACAGUGCAAAACAUUGUAAUUUUGUAAAUAAAAAUUUUCUAGAAUAUGGACAAUAUUAUAUAAUAAAUAUUAUAUAGAUCAGUUAUACUAAUGACAAUUAGCAUUAAUCUUUUCGUUCUAUUUCUCCAUUGCAAACUACAGGACUAUAAACUAGAAAUAAAAACUGAAUUACUAAUUCGAAAUCAA